AUGUCUUCUGUCAACUCCAACGACGUGCACCGGAUUUUCGAGAUGCUUGACAAAAAUGGUGAUGGCCUUGUGAGCCUUGACGAGCUCAAAUGGCUUCUUGAGAAAAUUGGUUUCCACUCGAGCCUAGAUGAGCUCGAAUCAUCAAUGGGCAAAACAACCCUCGACCUUAUGGAUUUCUCAUUCUUCUACGACACUAUCAUCAAGAGUGACAUUAAUGAAAGCAAAGCAACCUUGGAGGGUAACGACGUGGAUAGUGAACUUGUUGAGGCUUUCAAGGUCUAUGAUUUGGAUGGAGACGGAUUUAUUUCAUGCGAGGAGCUUCAAAGCGUGUUAUCGAGAUUAGGAUUGUGGAACGAGCAAGAUGGCCGGGAUUGUAAGAGCAUGAUUAAUGUUUAUGAUUCAAAUUCGGAUGGGGUGCUUGAUUUCGAGGAGUUCAAGAACAUGAUGCUGCCUGCCAAAUCAUAA